UAUAACAUCACAGAAAUUUAUAGAUGUAUUAUAGGUUGAAUUCUGAGUUCCCAAAAUGUAUAUUCGAGUUUUAACGAGCGGAACUCGAGCCGAACACAUUAAAUGAUCCGCUCGAGCUCGUUUGCCUAACGAACACAUUAAUGUGUUUGAGUUCUUAAUGAACCGAGUAAAACCGAGCUUUUAUCGAGUGAACAACUGCUCACUGUUACGAAAGUUUUAUUAGCCAUUGUUGUGGGUGCCUGAGAAGUCACAUAUCUUUUUUUUGUCGGAUAUGGUUCAAAACUUCCGUGUUGUUAUUAAAAAUACUAUUUCAGAGAUCAGAUAAUUAUCAGUAAUUAAUUAAUUUUGAAUUAUAAUGUAAAAAUAUAAAUCUUUUAUAAUGAAAUCUGUGACAAUUUUCCGCAAAAACUAUUAAAAAGCUUUUUAGAAUUUAUGGGAGACUAAAAACAACUUUUGGCUGUUGAGAAAAUCUACUUGUAUAUUUAUCAGAUAAUUUUCACUUUAUUUUCGAUAUAAAAUAUAGUGAUAGAUGUCUGUAACAUCAAUUAAUACCAAGCGGGAGUGCGGGACCUCGGUGUGCCUGCCUGCAUGGUGUAUGAGACUGCACCGGAGACCAUGUGACAAUUAUAUAAAUCUUAAACUAUAUCAACAAAAAAGAACUAUUAAGUUCUUAAAUUACCAAAUUUUCAAAUAUCUCAAAGUUGUUAAAUCAUCAAUUUUCAUUAAAUCUUGAGUGGUUAGAACAAGAACUUUGUCAUAUGAUCGUAUUAUGUUUCACAUAAGCUUUUACUAACAACGACUAUGAAAAUCAUUUACUCAUUUUCUAUUGAAAAAACUUAAGGGGAUCAACCGACGAUAAAGUCAUUUGAAUUAUACCAUUAUUGCUAUCCUCUGUUCUUAUAACAAGGAAAAUUCUUGUUCAUAGAAGUGGGUGUAUUUUUUUUUUUAAUUAGAAAAUGACAUGCGUUAAGAGACUCAUGUAUUCAGAGUAAAAUUUUACACCUAAAACACUACCCACAAUGCCCAAAAGAACAAGAUCGAACAAAAUCAACAAAAAUUGCAAAGAAUGAAGUACAUUACAUAAAUUAGUGCACAUACACCUCAAAAACAUUACAAAAUUGGUAUUACCAUGGACUUUGGAAGCCUAUGUAGCAAUUAACAAGUGCAAUUUGCUAAUAAACAAUUUGACAUAAGUACUCAAUUGUCAACCUUAAUUCCUAUAAAUGCUUGUCAUGCUAGACCCUGAAAAGAACACAAAACAAAGCUAAGAACCUCCAAUCUUCUUACAAUCUACUUAGUACAUACAACAAUGUCAGAAAUUCAGUCUGGCAUUAGCUCUGGCUCUCCUCUUCUUCAAAAGCUAUUGCUUUGGCGCCCUUCAGUAUGGCUUUUAUGACGCGAAAUGCGGAUCCUCUGACGUGGAGAACAUUGUGAAUGGCGUCGUUAACUCGUGGUGCAAUAUUGAUCCAACCAGGUCUGCUGCUCUGCUACGCAUGCAAUUCCAUGAUUGCUUUGUCAAGGGUUGUGAUGCAUCAAUCUUGCUAAGUGGAAGCGACAGCGAACGGACUGCGUUUCCAAACAGCGGUGUCCGGGGGUUUGACGUGAUCGAUGAAGCAAAGGCUGCUGUCGAAGCAGUGUGUCCUGGAGUAGUAUCUUGCGCUGAUAUAAUUGUUAUGGCUACUAGGGAUGCUGUUUCCUUUAGUGGUGGAGGAACAUACAACGUACAAACUGGCCGCCGGGAUGGCCUUGUAUCGCUUGCCUCAAACGUCGAUCUUCCGCCUCCAUUCAUCUCCGUAUCAGAUUCCAUCGCGGCAUUUGCAGCAAAAGGACUCAAUGUCACAGACAUGGUUUAUCUUCUCGGCGGUCACACUGUCGGUGUCGCACAUUGCUCAAGCUUCCAGGAUCGACUUUACAAUUUUAACCAAACCGGAGGACCUGAUCCAACAAUGAAUUCGGUGCUUUUAACCACACUGAGGCUCAGAUGUCCCCUGAAUUCUUCAGUUAACAAUACUGUAAACCUGGAUCAGGGUCUUCUAAGCUCUACAGUUGUUGACAAGUCUUUCUACCAGCAAAUACUACUAAACAAAGGCAUUCUUCAGAUUGAUCAGCAGCUAGCACUUGAUCCAUUAACCAAACCGAGGGUAACAUCUGUAUCGACUUCAAUGGACUUCCAAACCAGAUUCGGUGAGGCCAUGGUUAAGAUGGGUGGAAUCCAGGUUCUCACAGGCACCGACGGGGAGAUCAGGAGCUCAUGUCAAGUGAGAAACAGUAACUAAAGAAUCAGACACAGGAGAAGUUAUAGCGACACUUGUUAUUUUCCUAUUAUCGGUUAUUGUCUUUUAAGAGUCGUGCACAUGAUAAGUUACCGCGACCUAUGUAAAAUGUUGGUUGUGUUUAAAGUUUUGGUAAUUCGUUGCUCCUUAAUCUCGGGCUUAUUUAUCAUAUUAAUCAUCUGUUUUGGACAUAUUUAUAUAGAUUAUUGGAUCCCCUUUGAUAAAGGUGCAUCCCCUGUUGAUCUGUGCCUCGGGUGAUCUCCAUGAACAACAGCAGGAGAACCAUUUCUUCUGGCAAAUGCCUCGACUGCACCUGAAAACUUAUCUCUAAUCUCCC